AUGAGAGCGCUCGUUUCGUCGCUGAGAAGGAUAUGCACUGCUUCACCCAGACUCCUCAGCAUCAAUGGUGUUAGCCCAGCACAGAUUCGGCGAGAUUGUGCUCUUCUCUACCAUGGAGCAGCUCUCAGUGACGAUCGGAGGCCGUUGACCAGAAACCGAAGGCAUUUGUACCACCUUGCUUCUUCGAGCCACGAUGAUACGACCAUAUAUGCUCUGUCCACUGCGUCCGGGAAGGCAGCUAUAGCUGUAAUUCGCGUUUCUGGGCCGGCGUGUAGACAGAUAUACGAAGGUCUCUGUCCUGGGACUUCGUUUCCGAAACCUCGCUAUGCCACCCUACGGAAGCUCUAUACUCCACACGAGGCGCCUUCGCCUUCGACUUUGCUCGACUCCGGCGCCUUAGUACUUCAUUUCCCUGCCCCUGGUACCGUCACCGGCGAGGAUGUUCUGGAGUUACACGUCCAUGGCGGGCCCGCCAUAGUGCGCGCAGUACUGGCUGCGAUUCCUAAGUGCGCCACACCAGGUUCGCGCCAUCGCAUUCGGUAUGCUGAGCCGGGAGAGUUUACACGGCGGGCGUUCGCGAACAAUCGAAUGGACCUGCCUCAGAUUGAAGCACUUGGGGAGACCCUCUCCGCAUCUACGGAGCAGCAGCGUAAAUUAUCCGUCCGAGGAACAACAUCGUCUCUAGCAGCCCGAUAUGAACAUUGGCGCAGCUUAUUGCUCCAGGCACGCGGCGAGCUGGAAGCCCUCAUCGACUUCUCCGAAGAUCAGCAUUUUCACGAGUCGCCGGCAUUUUUAUGCAGGUCGGUUUCUAGGCAAGUUCGACAACUUCACAGCCAAAUCGAAGCCCAUAUCGCGAAUGCUAUGCGAGGAGAGUUGUUGCGCAGCGGAAUCAGCGUCGCUCUGCUUGGAGCUCCGAAUGCAGGGAAGAGCAGUCUACUCAAUCGGAUUGUGGGUAGGGACGCGGCGAUCGUAUCCCAGGAAGCCGGAACAACGAGAGACAUUGUCGAAGUGGGUGUUGAUCUUGGAGGAUGGCUUGUGAAGAUUGGCGACAUGGCAGGAUUAAGGCGAGCUGGCCUAAUCAGUCCGGACAUUGUUGGCGCGGUGGAACAGGAAGGGAUUAAGCGUGCGAAAAAACGAGCCCUCGAGUCGGAUGUCGUGAUUGUCGUCCACGAUGGUACAACCGAACUUGAUUGCGAAGUCACGGAAACGGCGAAACGGUGCGUUGAGCUAGGUAUCAAUGUGGUAGUCGCCGUCAACAAAAUGGACAAGUUGGUCGACCCUGCAGCAUUCUCGGAGUGGAGAGACAAGAUACAGAAUGCGCUCCAUGUUUCACCGGAACGCAUAUUCUUUGUCUCAUGCAAAGGAGAUCUGGGAUCUUCCACUGCUACCACCGAUGCCGGGGACUCGGGAAACAUAAAGAGCUUUCUUCAGGGGCUACUGGACACCUUCAAGGACAUGACAACUGCACUGGUUCCCGAUUCCGAACCCGACCCAUUCAUCUGGCAGGAGUCUCUAGGUGCCACCGAGCGCCAGCGCGUACUUCUUACCGAAUGCGCUUCCCAUCUGGACUCUUUUCUGACUGCCGUUCAGAGCGACGUGGAAACUGAAGCGACAGCACCGUCCGCUGUUGGCUCUCCGGAAUUCGAGUUGUCCCGACCGCUCGAAGAUACCCACGGUGGGUACGGAAUAGACAUUGUUGUGGCAGCCGAAUCACUCCGCUUGGCAGCAGAGAGCCUUGCUCGGAUAACGGGCCGUGGCGAAGGCGGCGAUGUGGAGGAAGUCUUGGGCGUUGUCUUCGAAAAGUGAGUUUGCCAUUCCCCUUCCCAUCUCUUCCUAGCAAGCGCAUCCGGCACGAAUU